AUGAUUGCGGAGGAAGCGGUUGGGGUGGAUUACCUGCAAUUUUUCAAGGCCCGCGUCCAGUCCUUUUUCGCCUUGUGGGACCGACAGGCGUCGCACACGCUGCAGCAGUUGCGGGUUUUGGAACGGGCGGAUAGUGACAUGGAGAAAGCGGUCAAAUCGGUCGUGGAAACGGAGACACUCUCUGAAAAAGCGAAAGAAGUGCUGGAGAAACAGAAGGCCAGAACGAUGCAGAUCAUCAAGCAAGCGGGAUCGUUUGACACGUACAUGCACGACCAAGCCCAGUACAAUCAUUGGAAGGCGAAACACGGAGGUGGUGGUCCUGAUGGGGGACGCGAGAGUGAUGGAGAAACUGAAGACGAUGAUGAUUUUGAUGAAGCGAUUUACGAUACAGGACAUCAAGCUGCUGGAAAAGAUGAUGACGCCACGAACGGUGCUUAUAG